UCGUGUGUCUCGCGCCGGGGGCGCGGGAGGGAGCGGCGGAGCUCGCGCGCGAGAGGCGGCGGCGGGGAGAGACGGAGGCGGCGGAGAGCGGCGGGCGCGGAGCCGGCCUGACCUCGCUGGAGCGCCGCCGCCGCCCGCUCCCGCCGUCGCGCACCCGCUCCCCGCGGGCUGACAGGCAGAUAUGGUCCUGAACAUUGGGAGUACGUGACUUCAAAGAUGGACAACUGGAUCUCUUAUAACUUGUGAUUGGCCUUAAGCUGACUUAAAACCGUUGAAGAACUUAACAGGAUUUCUCUUGUUCCUGAUUUAUGCCUAUCUAAUUGCCUCACACCACCAGCUUAAUCAUGUAUGGAAGUGCUCGGUCAGUUGGUAAGGUUGAGCCAAGCAACCAGAGUCCAGGGCGUUCACCAAGGCUGCCACGGUCACCACGCUUGGGCCAUCGUCGAACCAACAGCACAGGAGGCAGUUCUGGGAGUAGUACUGGGGGUGGCAGUGGGAAAACCCUUUCUAUGGAAAAUAUUCAGUCCUUAAAUGCUGCCUAUGCUACGUCUGGCCCUAUGUACCUAAGUGACCAUGAGAACGUGGGUGCAGAUACCCCAAAAAGCACCAUGACUUUGGGACGAUCGGGGGGGCGGCUGCCUUAUGGUGUUAGGAUGACUGCAAUGGGUAGCAGCCCUAACAUUGCCAGUAGUGGAGUUGCCAGUGAUACUAUUGCAUUUGGAGAGCACCAUCUCCCUCCAGUGAGUAUGGCAUCCACUGUGCCUCACUCACUGCGCCAGGCCAGGGAUAACACAAUAAUGGAUCUGCAGACACAACUCAAAGAAGUAUUAAGGGAAAAUGAUCUGCUUCGCAAGGAUGUGGAGGUGAAAGAAAGCAAGCUGAGUUCUUCCAUGAACAGCAUCAAGACCUUCUGGAGUCCUGAGCUAAAAAAGGAGAGAGCUCUGAGGAAAGAUGAAGCUUCAAAAAUCACCAUUUGGAAGGAACAAUAUAGAGUUUUGCAAGAAGAAAACCAGCAUAUGCAGAUGACUAUCCAGGCUCUCCAAGAUGAGCUUCGGAUCCAGCGGGACCUGAACCAGCUGUUCCAGCAGGACAGCAGCACUAGAACCAGUGAGCCCUUUGUGGCAGAGCUCACAGAGGAAAAUUUCCAACGACUUCAUGCAGAGCAUGAACGCCAGGCCAAGGAACUCUUCCUGCUACGUAAAACCUUAGAAGAGAUGGAACUGCGUAUUGAGACACAGAAACAGACCUUAAAUGCACGUGAUGAGUCCAUCAAAAAGCUGCUGGAGAUGCUGCAGAGUAAAGGUCUGUCAGCAAAAGCCACCGAGGAAGAUCAUGAGCGAACAAGACGGUUGGCUGAGGCAGAGAUGCAUGUGCACCACUUGGAAAGCCUUCUUGAACAGAAGGAAAAAGAAAACAACAUGCUGAGAGAGGAGAUCCAUCGUCGAUUUGAAAAUGCUCCUGACACAGCCAAGACAAAGGCUCUGCAAACUGUUAUUGAGAUGAAGGAUUCAAAAAUUUCUUCCAUGGAGCGUGGCCUCCGGGAUUUGGAAGAGGAGAUUCAGAUGUUGAAGUCAAAUGGAGCUCUGAGCACAGAGGAACGUGAAGAAGAAAUGAAGCAAAUGGAGGUGUAUCGUAGUCACUCCAAAUUCAUGAAAAAUAAGGUAGAGCAACUGAAGGAAGAGCUGAGUGCCAAAGAGGCUCAAGGGGAGGACCUGAAAAAAAGAGUGGCUGGUCUCCAGGCCGAGAUUGGUCAGGUGAAACAGGAGCUGUCACGCAAAGACACUGAGUUGCUGGCCUUGCAGACAAAGCUGGAGACCCUCACAAAUCAGUUCUCUGACAGCAAGCAGCAUAUUGAAGUUCUCAAAGAGUCUCUUACAGCUAAAGAGCAAAGAGCUGCCAUCCUGCAGACAGAGGUGGAUGCGUUACGAUUACGUCUGGAAGAGAAGGAGACUAUGCUAAAUAAGAAGACAAAGCAGAUUCAGGAGAUGGCAGAGGAGAAGGGGACUCAAGCGGGAGAGAUCCAUGACCUCAAGGACAUGUUAGAGGUGAAGGAACGCAAAGUUAACGUUCUUCAGAAGAAGAUUGAAAAUCUUCAAGAACAGUUAAGAGAUAAGGAGAAGCAGAUGAGCAGCUUAAAGGAUCGAGUGAAAUCCUUGCAAGCUGACACCACAAAUACUGACACUGCCUUGACCACGCUGGAAGAAGCACUUGCAGAAAAAGAAAGGACCAUCGAGCGCCUAAAGGAGCAACGUGACAGAGACGAACGAGAAAAACAGGAAGAGAUCGACAACUACAAAAAAGACAUCAAGGAUCUGAAAGAGAAAGUCAGCAUUUUACAAGGAGAUCUCACAGAGAAAGAGUCAUCCUUGCUGGAUCUGAAGGAACAUGCUUCAUCCUUAGCUUCAUCAGGACUGAAGAAAGAUUCAAGACUCAAGACACUGGAAAUUGCAUUGGAACAGAAAAAGGAAGAAUGUUUGAAGAUGGAAACUCAAUUGAAGAAGGCUCAUGAGGCAACCCUGGAGGCUAGGGCUAGCCCAGAACUGAGUGAUCGUAUGCAGCAACUGGAAAGGGAGGUAACACGGUAUCGGGAAGAAUCUAGCAAGGCUCAAGCUGAAGUGGAUCGUCUUCUGGAAAUCUUGAAAGAGAUGGAAAAUGAGAAGAAUGAUAAAGAUAAGAAGAUAGCAGAACUGGAAAGGCAAGUUAAAGAUCAAAAUAAGAAAGUAGCAAAUCUGAAGCACAAAGAGCAAGUGGAGAAAAAGAAGAGUGCACAGAUGCUGGAGGAGGCCAGGAGACGAGAGGAUAAUCUUAAUGACAGCUCCCAACAGCUUCAGGACAAUCUACGUAAAAAGGAUGAUCGGAUUGAAGAAUUGGAAGAGGCACUCAGAGAAAGUGUUCAGAUAACUGCAGAGCGGGAAAUGGUGCUAGCACAAGAGGAGUCAGCCAGGAUCAAUGCUGAGAAACAGCUGUUUAAUGAAUCAAUGCAUGAGGUCAACCAUUUUGGCUUUAAGUGGUUCAAGGUAGAAGAGCUGAUGAUGGCCAUGGAGAAGGUUAAGCAGGAGCUGGAGUCAAUGAAAGCAAAAUUGUCCUCUACACAACAGUCUUUGGCUGAGAAGGAAACCCAUUUGACCAACCUACGAGCUGAAAGAAGGAAACAUUUGGAGGAAGUUCUGGAAAUGAAACAGGAAGCCCUUCUUGCUGCCAUUAGUGAAAAAGAUGCCAAUAUUGCUCUGCUAGAACUUUCAUCCUCUAAGAAGAAGACCCAAGAUGAAGUGGCUGCACUGAAACGAGAGAAAGACCGUCUUGUGCAACAGCUCAAGCAGCAGACUCAGAACCGUAUGAAGCUGAUGGCUGACAACUAUGAGGAUGACCACCUCAAAUCCUCAUCCCAUUCCAACCAAACCAACCACAAGCCCUCCCCUGACCAGAUAAUUCAACCCCUCUUAGAACUUGAUCAGAAUCGCAGCAAGUUGAAGUUGUACAUUGGACAUCUGACAGCCCUCUGCCAUGACCGUGAUCCCCUGAUUCUGCGUGGACUCACCCCACCUGCUUCCUACCACCUGGAUGAUGACCGGGCAGCUUGGGAAAAAGAGCUGCAGAAGAUGACCCCAGAGCAGCUUCGUGAUGAGUUAGAAAAGGGCGAGAAGGAAAGUGCAGAGCUGCAGGAGUUUGCCAAUGCCAUCUUACAGCAGAUAGCAGAUCACUGCCCGGACAUCCUGGAGCAAGUCGUCAAUGCACUUGAGGAGUCAUCAUGACCUCGGCCACUAGCCCCACCGGAGCAGCCCACCAGUGGCCAAGCCCAGUCAGUCCAAGGAGCCAUGAGAGGGGAGAGGAAUGUGAAAGACAAAAAAUGGAAUAGAAACUUCUGGUGCACCUUUUACAAAGAAAACAAAAGAAAAAAAAAAAAAACCUCUAAAAACUAGAUGCUCUCUAGGUUCUUCCAGACUAUGAUUAAUCAGUCAUGUUUUCAUUCAAUUUCUCACUGCCUUUUACUUUAGAAUCCAAUUCCCUAUUGACUUUGUUGGUGGUGACAUUUGGAUACAGCUAAGCAGAGCUCUUCCAAGUCUACUGAGCAAAGAAGAGGGGAUCCACUGAACACAAGCAGCAUUAGUUCUCCAUGAGGUUGCAGUAGGGUAGCCCUUGCCUUUCAUUCAUUUAUUGCUUUUUUCUCUCUCCCCGCCCCCCCUCCCAAAGCUGAAAUCCUGAAUUUCAUAGUGCUAAAAGCAAACUUGAGUGUGCUCUGAUUAUGACUUAUGCCUGGCCAGCAUCAGCUAGCUAGCUCAGGUCGUGCUAUCUGUCUCAAUGUUUCUUACGUUCUUAAAUAACAGAGAGAGGGGAAAGUUUCCCUAUUUCUUCCUGUUUGUCGCUUCAUCUAGCAGCUGGGAAACAAGGUAGGCAUACUGGUACUUUCUGUUUACUUUGAUUUUUAUUGUUCACUGAUCUGACUCUGAAGUGCUGAGUGGAGCAUUUUUUCAGGUAACUGUUUUCAUCUGUUGGUUUCUUGGACUUUUUAGCUGAGGUUUCUCAUCAUAGUUCUGUUUCUCAUUUUUAUAGAGAGCUCUCUCCCUUCGAGCAGGUGUGGUCAACAGGUCAGCUCCCAGCUUUAACUUGUAUAGCUUGUCCAUUGCCAACUUUUCAAGCCAUAGCUUCGUGAACACUAGCUGCCACCAGAGUAGUCUUAGCCAUUUUGUAAAUGAAAAAAUUGCAUCAUUUAGCUUGAAAGUGUGAUUUUAAAGCUGUUAGGUAAAUCGGUAAUAUAGUUCUUACUAUAAUGAUAAUUUAAUUUAUUUUGGUUUAGCUUAGGUUGACGAAGAAUGAAUUUGAGUUGAGAGCAAUAACCCAUUCUUAUAAAGAGAGCAUCUCUGCUGGAGUUGGCACCCAGCUGAGUUGAUAGGUAUAAAAUCACAGCUUUAGUUAAACCAGUGCAAUUCUUACAUGUAUAUGAGAGGCCUUAGUCUCAUUCCCAUCCAUCUUUGACACUCGUUAAAGCCCCUGCUGAUAGGUAGUAUGACCUGAAAUAGCAGGUCAGUUUGUCAUUGUGGUAGAAAGUCAGAAUCCUAUUUUAUGAGUAGGACUUGGGUGUUCGUUCUUGGACUAUGCAUUAAUGGGGAGACACGUUUUUUCCUGGCUACCAUUGGUUAUGUGUGUCUGGGGGCAUCUGCAGGACAGAACCCUUUAACACGUCCCCAUGUGCUCCUUAAAGGAGUUGUUCCCCUUCAGCUUUCUCAUAUUACUUAAGAGAUGAGGGGAGGGUGAAAGGAGACCAAAUAUCAACACAGCAGUGGAAGAAAACUUAGUUUUCUAGUCACUAGCUAAUUAUGAAUUCUCUCAGUAAACCUCCCAUUCAGAGCCUGCAGUGACUUACUACAUUUUGAGCUCAGUCCCUAAACUGUUAUGCUAAGGAAAAUGUUCCAAGCACUUUCAGGAAAACUGCAUUUCUUACACCUUUCAAAUCUGUAGCACAGCUCCCCUGUAGGUCUUUCAUGCCUUAUUUUUAUCUUUAGAAGUGACCAAUUGCUUCCAGUAGAAGGGAAAUCAGCAAAAGUUUAAGGGAAAUGUACCAUCUUUUUUUCAAACAAGCACUGAAAAUGGGGUAAAACUGAAACCUUAAAUACCUGUAGACUGUUGAAAAUGAUCUGAUUUUUAAAAAAAUCACAUCCCAAUUCAUUCUACCGUAAUGAUUCAGCCGAAUGAACUAGACCCAUAACCGUGGCGAUCACUAGGAAGAAAUAUGUACGUCUCCAAAGAAGAGGUGACUCACGCCUUUUCCAUGUUUUGAACUGCCAGUGCUUUGCAAAUCAGGAAAUGUAGCUUUAGUUCUUGCUGUGGUAGCAGUCUGUGCCUGAAGCUUUUUUUGUCAUGGGUGAGGAGAGUAAUGGGAACCCGAAUGUGUGCAAGGGGGGAACGCCGGAAGGCGCGUAGACAGUGACUGUACGUACCACUGAGCCGUGCCUCACCCCAGAACCACCCCUUUGGUCCCAUUAUUUGAGUCAGCACAUUUCGAUAGGAGCUGUUGUUUUGAAAUCUUUCCUCUUGCUUUUUCUUCAUCACCCCUAAUUACUCACUCAAGGAAUUUAAUGCCACCUGUAAAAGCAUCAGAGCCAUCAGCCUAACAUCAUCACACCACUGCCACCACUCCUGACUAUCUCAUUAACUUAUAUGGUCAAAUCUCCAGCUGCCCUGGUUCCCUGCUGUAAAACAAUCCCUCCUCUGUGAGAAGCUGUGGAAUUCCCCUUAUCGAUGGUUCAAAUGACUCCUGCUUGUAAACCUCUCACUGAGAUGCUCCUUGAUAGCGUUUCUGCUGCAGGCAGGGGGAGGGGAUGGGAACGAGGAGUGGCCACUUCAGGCUAUCACUUCAGUUCCCUUGGUUUACUGCAUUGCCCACACAGGGCAGGAAAGUGCUGGUUCUUCUGUCUUUAACUCAGCCUGUGGCUGCGUUUCUAGAGUGGAAAAUGCCCCAGCCAAAGACACGGUGCUGUCAUGACAGCAUGUGCAGCAUCCAUGCGUCAGCAGCCAGGUGAAUCUCCCUGUUUACACAUCUCCCGGCCUCUUCCCUGAGAGGAUUUGUGAAGCCUGGCUAGUUUUCACGCUGGCCAUUUGGUCUUUUAUCUCCCGGCCACACACCUGCUGUUCCUCCCAUCUGGGUUGUUGGGCCUUUGCAAUUUUUCUCGUUAACUGCUGUUAUCUUCUAGGUCUUCUAGGCUUCCCAUCUUAAACAUCAAUCUUAGACCUCAAUAAAGUGCUUUCAGGGAGAGAGCAGAUCUCAUUUAGGAACAGACUUGAUCCGACUUGAUCUCCAUUGAACUGUUGCAGGCAAUAUCGCUGAUCCUGUGUCGACCGAGGUCUUGUCGUGGUGAAUAGCUGGAGGAACUAUGAGAUUUGGGAGGUGCUGCUGGCCACAGCGUAAUGCUGAACGCGACCAGCGAAAGCUUUUUCUUUUUGCUUGUGUGGAGUGCCGCACCAUGGGCCUUAGGGCAACAAAGGCAUUUUGCUAUCAUAACCCAUCAUGAAAUUGUUUAUCAGACACAUGGCAGAAGGGCUGUAUCUGUGCACAUACUGCGAUGCUCAUCCAGUCACCUGACCCACCACUGCUCUUUUAAAACCUUAUACCCGAGUGUCAGCGGCCAGGCAGAUGCAGUUUCCUAGCACAGUGGUCCUGCAAUGCAGCAGCUCUCGGAAAUCAGGGGCCCUUCCCAGAGAGCCCGGGGAAACUUGCUUUUUCUUCUCCUGGUGAAUGAAGUUCUGUUUGCCAUGGGAGCUGUGAAAGUUUUUUCUUUCAAGCUGUCAUCUGUAGAGAAACUGAAAGAUGUAAGGACUUAAGGAGCUGUCUGUAGAAAAUUAAAUAGAUCAUUUUAGCUGGGUUUGGGCUAAAAACCAACUGAAGCCUGAAGCCCAUGUACAGUGUAAAAGCUGACACCCCAACCACGCUUGUUCAUGAUAUCCAUGAGUUCAAGUAUAUAUUUUCCUCUGAAUCCAGCCUCAUGUAAAACACUAAAAGGAUGUUACAACACUAAAAUUGCAGGGCGAGGGCAUGAACACUGUUUGUGAUUGGAAGAAGAAUUGCCUGGCAUGCUCCCAAAUGAAGCUCUAAGCUUCUAGUGUUCUCUCUCAUUUUGACUGCCUCUAACCAGUUUUCCCUCUAGAAAAUGCCAAACCCUCUUUGGAGUAUCUGAUUUUUGCCAAGUCCGGGGGACAGAAGGUGAAGGUCUGACGUGAUGCACAAAACUGUGUGUGCCGUUUCUGGUUGCAUGGCUGGAAUAUCCCUUCUCUAGCAAAUUUUCUGGUACUUUGGGGCUCUCGGUAUUUUGCACAAGGGAGCAGUUAUGUCAUAAAUCUCGUAGACAUAACCCUGGUUUUUGAAGCAAAAGGGGAACCUCUUUUCUUUCGCCCUGUAAUUCCCACCCAUUCUGCUGCUAGUGCUCCAUUUGUUGGGAAAUUUUGACAUCUGAUAAAGGUUGACAGGGUUAAGUCCCCACUGCUGUACUAAUUGCCAAUCGUUUCCACUGGUGGGAUCUUUACAAAGGAUGUAGAGCAGUCACGCACUGAUACCAUUUUAAAGCAAAAAUUUCACUACGUAAGUAACACAUGUAUUCCUCAAAUGACUGCGAUGAAAUGUAAAAGGGAAAUAGUACAAUCAAGGCAUCUGAUAUUUAAAGGAAGCCUUUACUCAGCUCAACGCCUGCACUGAAAGGGGAGCUGGAGAGGGCGCAGAAGGCUGUGGAUAACUAACACUGCCCCAGCGAAGCUGGCGGGGUGGGGAGGGCUGGGCACGGGGCGUCGUGGGGCAUCACGCCUGGCGAGGCCAGCUCUGCCAGCCCCUCUUGUCAGCACAGCGAGGAAAAGGAGUGUUGGGGGGGGGGUUUAAACGAAAUAAUGUUUUUAAUUGUUUUUUCCACAUAAAUGGAAGGAACCUUACACAACAGCAGAUCCUUCUGAACAAAAUGGCUGUGUCUGUUGACUAUUUUUAAAAAAAGAAAAAAAAAAAAGAAAAACUCUUUCAAAACUUUUUAGUGUCAAAAGCAUAAACACAGAAAUCCUGACUUUUUCCAGUGUGUGUGGUGAGUGCUGUAACCCCGUCAUCAGUAUCUCUCCUGACUUUUUCAGGGGUGUUUUUUUCCUGUUUUGUUUUCUGCUUGUCGAUAUUGUCUGUGUGGUCCUAAGGCUGGGGCAGUUACCAACGAUGUGUGUCUGUCGUCGGAUUAAAAAAGAUAGUAGUAGAACUGAAAAAGAUGUGUUUUAAAAAAUAUAUAAAAAUAAAUUUCAUCAAAAGGAAUUCAAGUAAAGGCGCAACAAAGCCAUGACUCCUCCUCUCGGGAUUGUAUGGAAAAGGAUUUGUGGGCUUAUAAACAGUUGCCUUUCACAGGCUUUUGAGGUCCAAGGCAGUUUGGCCUCUUAGGAAAUGUUACAAACCCUGUAUAAAUUCCUGCUUUCCCAGGUUUAUACUGUACACGUAUAAUACAGAAAUGGGCAGAAUGACACAGUAUUUUGGAAAUCAAUCUUCUCUGGUCACAGUUAUCAACACCAGGUGUCCCUUAAGACAGGAACCACUGAUGUAAAUGGGCCAAAUGCUUUGGCCAAAUUUUCCCUGUCUUCUCAGUCACACUGGUCAAUACCAGGGACACAUGCAAGUGCAGAUCGGCUGGUGCAGGUAGUUGUGUGUAGUUCCAUUAUUAAAGUUUUAUUUCUUUGUGUCCAGUAUUGGUCACACAGCUCAGCAGGUUGUGGUACAGGAAAAAACUAGCAGCCACCUUCUGCUGCGGUUGCAUCAACAGCUUGCAGUGCUUCAGAGGAACAACAUGAGGCUAAACUGGCAUGUAACAUAAGCAAAAAACCCCACACAAAUCGCUUUACCUAUGAGACUAGGUAAAGAAUUUCAUUAAAUGAAUGUAUUAUAUUAAAUUUAUCAUACACUGUUUGUCCCUGCUUUGCACUUCUAGUUUGGAUCUUGAAAAUCAAGCCAAUCAGUUUUGCUUUUAAUAGAUAUUUCCACUUAGGUUCUCGGUGUUUUGGUGGGGUUUUUUGUUCAAAACAUUGUUUUUCCAUUUGGAAACUGGCAACAAACGGUUCUAUCAGUCAUGUGUACUCGUAUUUGUUAUAAAAUGUGGUUCUCUAAAAGCCAAAUUUGAGCCAGAUUUUACAGGUAGACAUCGCUUCUUUAAUCCACCCCAUCUUCCCAGCUCUCCGGGGACAUGGCCAAGUCUCUGUCCUCCCUGCCUGCCCAGGGGCAGCUGCAUUUGGCCCUUACUGACACACUCAUUACAGUGUAUCUGGGGAUGCUUUAGUGGCAGAUGCCUUUAUCUGUUCAGAUGCUGAAAGAGAUUGAAUCAAACGGGACCACAAACAGGGGAAUAAUUUCUGUGCUAGCUCAACAUGCUGCUCGAAGCCCACUAAACUAAAACUGCCGUUUCCCUCCAAGUCAGUAAAUGAGGAGAGCCACACAUGGUUCGCAAAUCAUUUGUGGGGUUAAAAAAGCCUGUGGGUUGCUCCAUCCACUCCACAGAGUCAGAUCCCUCAUUUGCUUUGGAAGAGACAUGUUGCACUUUAGCAGAGGGGCAGACAGGCUUUGGGGAUGGGAUCUAGUGUACUUGAAUUCCUUUUUGAAAUAACAGCAGCGGGAGACAUUGAUGUCUGUGAUGCAAGUGCGCACGCUGCCUUCAACUUGUAUGUGUUUUAUUGCUGGAGUCAUGUUACUGACAGAAUAAUGAAAUUGCAAAGAAAAUGUGUUAUAUUCAACUUUGCCUUGAUAAUAUAAACACUUUGUUCAUUUUUUUUUCUUCUUUUUUUAUUCACAGACUAAGUUCAUCAGGAAAUUAUAAAAUUAUUUAAAAAUUC